UGCUGAGAGCAAUGAGAAGUUAGAGGGUCGGGCUGCCAGUCUGGUCCGUAGACACGAUGGAUGCGAUAUCGUGUUUAAUACUUGUUCUUCUCUUCGGGACAGGGAUACCAGAAAAUGCCGCUCUCCAGUGUUACUGUGACCGCUGCAGCGUCAACUCCAGCUGUACGACAGAUGGUGUCUGUUUUGUCUCCCUCCGCAUGUCGGGCAACCGGGCGAUUACCGAGCGGCGCCAGUGCAUACGUGAAAAUGAACUGAUCCCACGAGACCGGCCUUUCAUCUGUGCCCCAUCCGCCAAACAGGACAUAGGCAUUUACCCAAUAUGCUGUACCACGGACUACUGCAACAAAGACCCCGACCCCAUAAAGAUAACUGUCCCCACAGAAAAGCCUCCUUCUCUGGGCCCUGUAGCUCUCGCAGCAGUGAUUGCCGGCCCGGUGUGUGUUUUCUGCCUGCUGCUUGUUGUGGCGUUUUAUGUUUGCCACAGCCACAGGGGUCUGGCAGCAGGUGGUGCUGGGGCCCACCAUCACCACCACCAUUGUGUGCCCAAUGAAGAGGACCCAUCCAUGGAUCAUCCCUUCAUCACUGUUGGAACAACUCUAAAGGACCUCAUCUACGACAUGACCACCUCUGGCUCUGGAUCAGGUAGGCGCUCUGGAUCAGGUCUGCCGCUGCUGGUCCAGAGGACCAUCGCCAGGACCAUCAUCCUCCAGGAAAGCAUUGGUAAAGGGCGUUUCGGGGAAGUGUGGCGGGGCAAGUGGCGUGGUGAGGAGGUGGCCGUGAAGAUCUUCUCCUCCCGUGAGGAGCGUUCCUGGUUCCGCGAGGCUGAGAUCUACCAGACCGUGAUGCUAAGACACGAGAACAUUCUUGGCUUCAUCGCUGCUGACAACAAGGAUAAUGGGACAUGGACUCAGCUGUGGCUGGUGUCAGAUUAUCAUGAACACGGCUCUCUGUUUGACUACCUCUCCCUGUCUACAGCCAGCGGCCUUGCCCACCUCCACAUGGAGAUAGUGGGCACGCAAGGUAAGCCAGCUAUUGCUCACAGAGACCUGAAGUCAAAGAAUAUUCUAGUGAAGAAGAAUGGGACCUGCUGCAUUGCCGACCUGGGUUUAGCUGUCCGCCAUGACUCAGCCACUGACACCAUCGAUAUUGCUCCAAACCACAGAGUGGGAACCAAAAGGUAUAUGGCCCCUGAGGUCCUGGAUGACUCCAUUAACAUGAAACACUUUGAGUCCUUCAAGCGAGCUGACAUCUAUGCCAUGGGGCUGGUGUUCUGGGAGAUUGCCAGCCGCUGCUCUAUGGGAGGCAUCCAUGAAGACUACCAGCUGCCCUACUACGACCUGGUUCAGUCAGAUCCAUCAGUGGAGGAGAUGAGGAAAGUGGUUUGUGAGCAGAAACUUCGGCCCAACAUUCCCAACCGCUGGCAGAGCUGUGAGGCCUUGCGAGUGAUGGCAAAGAUAAUGAGGGAGUGUUGGUAUGCCAAUGGUGCCGCCCGACUCACCGCUCUCCGAAUCAAGAAAACCCUGUCUCAGCUCAGCCAACAGGAGGGAAUCAAGAUGUAGACACAACUACCAAACACACACGCAUUACAGCAUUAUUAUUACUUUGUUAGCAGUACUGUUGCACCUCUUUUAAGACCAAUUUCCAGUUAUUGAUCUUCCCUUUAGUUUGAAGGGAAGUGAAGACUUUUUUUUUUAAACCCUUGUGCUCUUUUAUUUUAUCCCAUUUCAUUUAUGGACAAACUGAUGAAUCCUGCUCCUGAAAAUGACGAAUGGUGUGUUUGUGUGUUGCACUGGGCUGACAGACACACACGGAUGACUGGAUGGGUAAAUGUAUGAAUGGAUCUGAUGAGACAUGGCUAUGUCUGAAGGACAGACAGGGGCAUUUCAGGAAGCCGCCACUCAUUAUCCUCCAUUGUCAUUUACUACAUUCAUCACAUGAAGUAUCUCAAAGACCCGUCAAGGAAACAGGUGCCAGUCUCAACUCUGGCCUCCACUGCUCAUCACACACACAACCAGUAAGAGCUCAGACCUGAUCAGUUAACUGGAGGCCAGACAUCACUUGGGAGGCCUCUGAUCUGCCGGAGCUUUGCUCUCAUCUCCUCACAACUUCAUCAUCACUCCCCCAUCUGUAUACUAGCAUUUCAUUCUGUUCUUCAGAGGGUUAAACUACUCUUCAGUAGGGCUGCAAGCUUGUGUUUACAUUUUUAAAUCUAUUACACUUCAAAUUCAUUUAGUGUAAAAAGCAAAAGUAACGGGAUGAAUAGAAUUCCUCAUGCACCCAGGGUCUUUUGGUUAUGUUAUAAGCAAGAUAAUUUUUUAUUGUGAAAUUCAUCCAAAGCUGAAUACUUAAUGUUGACAUUUCAAUACCAUUGAAUUUAAAGAGUUUUUAAAAUCUACUAUGGAAACAUCUCUCUGAUUGUAUACAUUCAUUUUUGGAUGUAAAAAAAAGUUGAGUUACACUAACCCUAACCUAGUCGUGCACACAAGCACUCUGACAUUCAAAACUAGUGAUAUCAAUGUUUAGCUCAAGGACACUUAGAAACGUGUACUGGAGAAGCUGGGGAUCGAGCCACCAGCCCUCCCUUUAAGAGACCUGCUCAAUCUCCUGAGCCACAGCUACUAAGAUUCAUAAAUUAAUCACUAACACAAACUUGGAACUGGACAUUUGUCCUGUUAGGGUCAGUGCCAGAUACCAUGUAGCCCAAACAAACCUGCCCUGCUCUUAAAUUUUCACGACCGCAGAAAAAGUUGCGCAAAUCAUCAUAAGCCACCAAAUAAACACUAUCUGCUCACCAAGCAAAAAGAACAUAAUUCAGUUGGGCAAAAUCUGGCAGCACUGAUCAAGUUCCCUUCUGUUAGAAGUUUAAACAAAUGAUUUUAAUGAUAUGAAGUUUGCAGCCCUACUCUUGAGUCAAGUUAUAGUAGCACUGGGGACUGAAGUGAGGACCUGGUGGUCACAGGACAGCCUGUGGAGUCCACCAGUUGUAAGCAGAAUCUUUCAUCCCUGCAGCCAUUUUAUUUUCUGUUACCGCUGCAUUUCACCAUCUCCCAUCAUCUCGUCAGGGAGUAGGACAGGACAGGUCAGGUCAUUUUAAUUAGUUUUUUGUUUUUAAGUUAUCUUUCCGGUGGCAGGGGAUUUUUUUUUCUUGCAGAACUAAACUGGAAUUGAUGACCUCAUUCAUUUCUGACAAACAUGCUGCAACAUAUGCAAUAUACAGUAGAGAAAUGUGUCUAUUUUCUAUACUCUGCUCUGCUAAACCACAUAAAGCAAGAAGAACAACAAUCAGCUGCCACCAUGCCUUCCAAACCAGCUGUUACCGGAAAGUGCCAGUGCUUUAAAAACCCACCUCAUCUCAUGUCGACUGCUUUGGAGAGUGUUUGCUCUCACGCGUAUGCAGCUCCGUGCGUGUGUCAGAAGAGGCCUGUGAGAGCCCUGUCGAGCAUACAGCAAGCUCGAACUAUGCACACCCAAGAAGUGAGGAUGGAAAGCAAGAAGGGACAUACGUCAUGUGUCACCUACAACGCAGGUGACUUCUUUGGUGCCAUUUUGUCAAACCCUCCCACCUGAGCACCCACCACCACAGCAUCAACCCCCUGUUCAGCUUCUCUUCCCAGUGGACUGAGUCUGGAAACUGAGCUCCAGCACCUUAAACUGUUUAGUUAGAAAACGUGUCGUCACAAAAGCUCUGCAGGUUUAAGAGAGAGACACAAAGACUCAGAAGCAUUGCUGAUGUUGCCCUAUAAAUGUAAAGUCUUGGAUUUCUGACUUUUGUCCUUUCACGUGUUUGUGCCGUUAACAGCGCAAAACCUUUCAAGCAUAUUUUUUUUUCUCUGUAGGAUAAUCAACAACCACAAAAAACAGUGAGGUACAUUCUUUUAAAUAUAGCAAAUGGAUAUUUACUAAGCCAUAGGUUUUCCAGGUGGUGUAUUUUUUUUUCUUUAUUUGUGGCACGGUCUUUUUCUACUAGAAUGUACAUUUAUGAAAAAAGUUUAAAUUUCAAAUGACAGUUUUGUCAUUUCAGCUUAGCAAGCCUUAAGGGACCAA